AUGGAGACGGAGUCGUCGCACUCGCACCUCGCCGCCGGCUACUGCGCCGCCACGGGCGUGUACCGGAGCGGCCACCCUCCGCAGUUCGCCGCCGUCACCGCGCCCUCCUUCCCUGCGUACAUCUUCCCGCGCCUGCUCCUCCCCGACCGCCAGGCCCGCCCGGCCUUCGUCGAUGCCUCCGACGGCGCCGCACUCUCCUUCCGCGGCCUCCACGCGCUCUCCCGCAGGAUGGCGCGCGCGCUCUCCGCCCUCGGCCUCCGCCGCGGCCACGUCGCGCUCCUCCUCUCGCCGAACUCGAUCAGCUUCCCCGCCCUCUCGCUCGCCGUGCUGUCCCUCGGGGCCGUGCUCUCCGCCGCCAACCCGCUCCUCACGCCCGACGAGCUCGCCCGGCAAGCCGACGACGCGAGGCCUUUCCUUGUGCUCACCACCGGCGAGCUCGCGCCCAAGCUCAGCUCCAUCCCGCGCGUCGCCAAACGUGUCUUCAUCGAGCAGCUCCUCGCCGACAGUGCCGCGGAGGACGACGAUCACGAGGGGAGGUUUGAUCCGCCGUCGUCGAGCGUCGGCCGCGACGACGCGGCGCUGCUGUUCUACUCGUCGGGGACGACGGGGAGGAGCAAGGGCGUGGUCAGCACGCACGGCAACGUGAUCGCCAUGGCCGCGUCGCUGGAGCGCGCGUGGGGCGGCGGGGAUCAGCACGCCGACGAGGCGUACGGGUGCGUGCUGCCCAUGUUCCACAUGUUCGGCUUCUCGUCGUUCGUCAUGGCCACGGUGGCGCUGGGCGCCACGACGGUGGUGGUCCCCGGCAGGUUCUCGGUGGAGAAGACGAUGGCGGCGGUGGAGCGGUACGCGGUCACGAGGCUUCUGGCCGUGCCGCCGAUGGUCGUGCAGAUGACGAGGGCGGCGACCGGCGAGCCGUCGCGGCGAAUGCGGCUGCGACAUGUGGUGUCGUCCGGCGCGCCAUUGCAGCGCGAGCACAUGGCGCGCUUCCUCAGCUGCUUCCCCGGUGUCAGCCUCACUCAGUGCUACGGGCUAACGGAGUCCACGGGCUGUGUCACCAUGUCCGAUCUGCCCGACGACGACCGCCGCGGCGUCGACGGGGUGGAAGCGCGCCCGUCGACGGAGAUGAACGAUGCCGCUGCAGCGGCGGCGGAGAUAAGCAGCAACCGCGGUGCCACCGCCGUUGUCUCGAUCGGGCGGCUGAUGCCGGAAGUGGAGGCCAAGAUCGUGGACCCGGACUCCGGCGAGGCCCUCCCGCCCCACCGCACCGGCGAGCUCUGGGUCCGGAGCCCCUCCGUCAUGCGAGGCUACCUGAACAACGAGACGGCGACGGCUCUGGCCCUUACUACCGCCGCCGGCUCCGGCGGCCGGCCGUGGCUGCGUACGGGUGACCUGUGCUACGUGGACUCGCGUGGCCUCGUCUACGUGGUCGACCGGCUGAAGGAGAUGAUCAAGUACAAGGGCUACCAGGUGGCUCCGGCCGAGCUGGAGGACGUCCUGGCCACCCACCCCGACGUCCACGACGCCGCCGUCGCGCCGUAUCCCGACAUGGACGCCGGCGAGAUCCCGGUGGCAUACGUGGUCAAGAAACAAGGCAGCACUCACCUUCAGGAAGAUCAAAUCAUGUCAUUUGUGCAGAGCAAGGUGGCGCCAUACAAGAAGAUCAGAAAAGUUGUGUUCGUCGAGGCCAUCCCAAGGUCCCCUUCAGGCAAGAUCCUCAAGCGACAGCUGAAAUGCUUACUGCAGGAGUCUAUCUUGCAUCGAAGCAGGAUGUAA